AUGGCCAUUGUCCGCGGUGACAAGGUAGAUUGGGGAGCCGUCAUCUUCGAAGAAUUCUGUGAGAUGGUGAUUCAGAAGGAUGGCCGGGUUCAGGCCUUCGCAAUGCAGAUUGUCAAGAUUCUCAAGUUUCUCAAGUUAGAUCUUGGUGAAGGUGAACCGCUCCCACCUAACAAUAUUCUCAACUCCGAGUCGAUGAUUGAAAAGCCCGAUAAAGCGGUUAAUCCGAAGUCUUCCAGAACGAAGUCUUCCAAGGGAACCAGUUCUUCCGCUCCGGCUGAAGAAUGUUCAAAACAAAAGAAACCGAAGAGAAAGGCGGUUGAAACCGAAGCCGCACAAGAAACGAAGGGGAGGAAGAAGUCUUCCGCAAAGAAGAGCUCCAGCAAGCCGGCGGACUCCGAGAAAACCCUUUCCUCGGAUAAUCCACCAGAGAGAACCGGAGACGUUUUUCAACCCAUCCCCAUUAACACCGUUCAUCCUAUUCCUGUUCACUCUCACUCACCAAGGCAAACCGAACCCUCGGGAAGCCACAAAACCGAGUCAGCAUCAAAGGAGGAAGUAGAGGUUAGUAUCAACUCUGAAAACUCCAAGUCCCCAAGCAAAAGGAUCGAAGAGGAGGGUAGCUCUAAAGAACAGGAACCAUCUAGUUCCGCAGGGAACAAGUCAGCUCCAGAUGUCACAACAAACCAAUCGGCUCAAGAUGGGACAACCGAUUCGGCAUUCAUACCUGAAGGGUCAGUUCAAGUUACCAAAGGAAAAGAGGUCCUUGUUGAAAAUUCGACGGUGACGGGAAAAGGUACUCUACAAACCGGCCCCAACCAGAAAUCUUAA